CGAGAUAGUCGAGCAAAGCGCGCCACCUCGGUCGGACGUUUAUUUUUAAACGAACGCGGGAAGCAAAAGUAACACGUAAUGCCAAGCAUGGAUCGUACGGAAAAUAAAAAUUAUAUUAAUUUAUUGUUUAAUGGAUGGAUAUAGCUAAUUUUUUAAAAAUAAUUUCUUCUUAACCUUAUUAAAAUAUUUUUUUUUUGUUUAAAUCCUAUAUUAAAUGGAAGUAGACAGAAUUAUGUAUAUUUUCGGAAGUUUCACACGUAAAAAGCAAGAUCGAAGGAAAUCACUGGAGCCAUCAUCAAUCAGUGCUGGUAACAGUCCCUUGCAUCAGAAUUGUACGAGACCGGCCAGUCAAAGCUUGUGUGUCGGACUGCGGUCUUCGUUUGAAGGUCGGAAAAGCAGGGUCAAGGAUUGGGAGUGUGGACUUUGCAAGAAAGAACUGGUAGAGCCCAGGCUGCUGGGAUGCCUUCACAGCUUCUGUACCAGAUGUCUCCAGGGUCUACGACGAGAAGAAGAGGAAGAUGCUUGGAACGUAGUCGAUGAUGGAUCUUUACAGCUGGAGGCCGAGGAGUGUGGGUCGGGCUCCGGCGCGGGAUCCGCAGGUUCCGCGGGCUCCGGCUACGAGAGCGACGCCCGCAACUCCGGUUCCGACGGUAGUCUUGAUGACAAGCCGCAGAAAUAUGGCAUAUUUAUUAAAAAGGUGUCAGGUAGGAGUGUGCAGUUCCUAGUGUGUCCGACUUGCGGCCACGAGACGCAGCUGCCCCCCGCCGGGAUCCCGGAGUUGCCGCUCAACUACGUACUGCUGCGGAAGAUGAGCCUCGCAGACCGAGAGGAUGACGUUACUGUGCUAUGCGAUAUGUGCGACACCGACAAUAAGGCGGAGAGUCGAUGUAGCCAGUGUCUGGUGAGUGUAUGCGAGGCGUGCGGCAAGGCGCACGGCCGCAUCAAGGCCACUGCCAGCCAUUACCUGGAGCCCCUCGCCCCGCAACCCGUCUACUGCCCCCGCCACGAACGCUCCGAGCUUACCAUUUACUGCGCCACCUGCCAGCAGGUGAUCUGCGGCGACUGUAGCGUGGUGUCGCACGCGGGACACGCGCUGGCGAGCGCUGCACGCGCUGCGGCGGAGCGCGCACGUGCAUUGCGCGACGCUUGCGAGCGCGCGAAGCUCGUGCCCGAGCACGUCGAGCGCGCAGCACGCGUUCUUACCGCGCACGCGCUGGAGACAGAUGGCGAGGCGAGCCGUGUGGAGGCGGAGGUGCGCGCGUGGGCCGAGCAGUACCGGCGCGCGGCGGAGGCGCACGGUCGCGCGUUGUCCGCCGCCGCCGCGCGCGCACGCGCCCGCCAGCGCCAGCGCGUGGAGCGCGCGCACCGCGACCUGCAGCAGCGCGCACACCACGCACAACACGCCGUGCGCUUCACGGAGGAGCUGCUGUGCGGCGGGCGCGCGGAGGAGGUGCUGUCGCUGAGCGGGCCGGCGCUGCGGCGGCUGCAGCGGCUGACGGAGCUGCCAGCCAGCGCGCCGCCGCGCCUGGCGCUGCGCCUCGACCCCGCCGCGCGCCUCGGCCCCGGCUCCGUGCUGUGCGGCCGGCUGCUCACGCAGGCCGCAGACCCCGAACACUGCAUACUGCAUACUGAAGGUCUACAAGAUCUGCACGUGGACUGCGAGCACGAGGCCAUCGUGGAACUACGCGACAGCAACGGGGAGAGAAUUUGGUGUGGUGGAGAACAGGUGGUAGGCUACCUGCGGCGGCGCGACUCCAGCGAGCGGCCGGACCGACACGACGGCUCGUACGCGCUGCGCCUCGCGCCGCGCGCGCCCGGCAACUACCUGCUCGCAGUCACACUCAACGACACGCCUAUCAAAGGCAGUCCGUUCCCGUGCUGCGCGCGCGUUUUCAAGUCCCACUUGGGGCAGUUCCACUGCUGCACGUUCUGCUCCAGCGGCGGGCGGCGUGACGUGCGCUGCGGCUGCGGCGCCACCAUGCCCGGCGGCUACAAGGGUUGCGGGCACGGGCACGCGGGGUGGCCGGGCGCGCGCCACUGGUCGUGCUGCGGCAGCACGCGCGCGCACGGUCCCUGCGCCCGCCGCCCGCACGCGCAUAGCCUCUACCAGUUCUCGCUUUGAAACUCCCGUCAACUCACCUCACGAUAUUAUGUAUUACUAGGAUUUAGGUAUUAAAAAAACCAUUAGUGUAUGUAUUCAAGAAUAUCCAAAUCUAUGCCUUUCAUUGAAAAUUCCUUUAGCAGUUUACGCUACAAACAUCCAUCUAAACCUUCACAUUUAUAUUAAUACUAGCUUUCCCGCGACUCUGUCUGU